AUGGGCAAGCCGAAAGGUAAAAGCCUCAAAUCGGCGACGAGUGACACUCCGCAAGAGUUACAUUCCGAAUCGGUUUCUGUUCCCAGGCCGACGAGCCCUCUGAAAGCAGCCGACGGCCAUAAUGUGGCCGGUUGGGCGGAUGAGGACAUCCGAACCUACAACGAACUGCUCAGCGAAAGAGCCAAACUGGAAAAGGAGAAAAACGAGCUGGAGCAGAGAUCCUCCAGGCAUCAAACGCAGAGAGCCCUCCUCGAUGAGAACGCGACAGCUCUAGACAAGCUCUUCAAAUCUCAAUUAGGAGGUGACUUCAAAUUUACGGGCCGGGGGACCUGCUGCUUGGACUUUGACGUGACAGGAGCGGAGAGGGCUGAGGGCGCUGACGCCUCUUGUAACCACGAAAUCUGUUUGCGGGCAAAGACGGGCAUCUCUUGGAUGGAGAUGGACACGAUCAAAUACUACCAUGCAAGAAUCAUGGCCGAGAAAUCGCAGAGAAUGCAAAAUGCACUGCGGAAGCAGAGAGAUGUGGAAUUAGUGCGGGUUAAGAAAGACGACGAGGAGGAAGCCGCCACAAGAGCUCGCAGGAACGCUCUUUUAGAAAAAGCUCGCAACAGCCUCCAUUUCCUACCCGCACCAAAGGAUGAUAAAGGCAGUGCUGCCGGUCCUUUGGAGACAUCGGCGUUAGAUUUGCUCCCAAUGGCUUCCAAAGAUUUUCUUCUUGAUCCCAAAAACAGCGCCAUUUUGGAGGCCGCCAAGGAGAACGAGCACAUCGUGCGCAGAAUACGCGGCAGGCUGGACAAAAUUCGACACGACGUAAAUGCUGGAAGGGUCUCUCCUGCGGACGCCCGUGUGAAGCUGGACCAAGCCAAUUCUGAGAUGGCGGAAGCUGAGAGGAAAAACAAUGAGUUCCGGCAGAUGAUUCUGGAUGCCGAACCCGCUAUUUCACAGCUUCAGCCUCCCCCUGCUGCAACAGGGACGCGCACAACUGCCAGCACCUCAGCAAGCUUGACGACGGUUCUUCAAAACACCUUGGCAUCAUCUAAUGCCGAUGCCUUUUCUCAAGCCCUCAGUGUGAUGAAGGGUUUCUUCAGUGCCUCAGAUCCGCAUGACGUGCAAACCGCCAUCACGGACUUGCGCAGCGUUCUGGAACUCAACGGUCCAAUGUCCCCAGUCCUACAAAAAUCCUUCAAGGCUCUCGAAGAGAUGCUCGCUAAACCAAACGCCAAAGGCUUCACGGUCGACGUCACCACCGGUGACGGAAAGACGCGAACCUGCAAUAACGUAGUCGAAGUCAUGAUGAACCUUCGAUUGAAGAUGCAAGCCUCUGACAAUCCCUCCGCCGCUGCCGAUCCCGACCUGAAUCUGGAUGAAGACACGAUCAAAGCCAAUCUGGAAUGUAUCAAGGUCGAAGAUGCCGCAAAGAAGGACAUGCAGAAGAUGGUGGAGAAGAUGGGUGGAGACACGGCCCUGAAUGUGACCACGGCGCUCAAGAAGAUCAAGGCAAAAGCUAUUCUGAAAUCGCCCAUACCACCGCUCUCCGAUAUCGUCCUUGACGAUGUGAUUACCGAUAUCCUCUUUCAGCGAUCGGUCAAUGCUCUGGUUAUUGAAGCCUCAAAGGGUGCGAGCCUGGCGCAGCUCUCUGGAAAGGUGACCUCACUUGUCAUUUCGACUUCCCGAAACAGCCCGGGGAAAUACUUGGCAACGCUGAGCAUGACCAAAGAUGCUAUAACCAAGGGAAAGAAACCCCCACCUGAAGUACUUCUCGAGGCGGUGUCAAAGGUGGAAGUCUCCAUGACACAGUUUGUCAAAGCAUACGGGGAGAAAAUAAAACAGAUCGACGCUGAGGAAAAAGCGAAUCCUAACCCCCCUCCCAAGCCUGAUCUCCCCACUAAACAUAUUCUAGAAGGCACUCAUGUGGAUAAAAAGGCCUUUGAACUCUUCAAGAAGUUCUUCCGCACCCCAGCGGCAAAUGAUACCGCAGCAUUGCGAGCCCGUUUCUGCGAAUACCAUCAUCUGCAUAUUGAAGAGGGCAUCUGGGACAUGCUUCACGUCGUGCUGAAUCAUCAAACUUCGGGCAGAUUCUGGUGGGCAAACUGGGAAGCCGAAAAGAAGUAUUGCAUUGAAAACAUGCAAGUCGCCGCAGCUACACCUACGGCGAAGAUUGCUGAUACUGUCUUGCAACUUCAAGAGCUUGGCAUUUGUCCUGCGAGAGCUGCUAUUAUACUUACACAGCGUAUCGCAUUACAGAUGAGACAGGACUCCGAAGCCGCAAAAAUCAACAUAAUGGCGCUAAGGGACAUUUACGCAGAUUGUGAAUCUCUCAAGAACAAAGAAUGGGCCCGUUCUUUCAACUUUAUUGGACAAGCCAUGGCAGAUACCUUCGCGAUGUUGAUGUUUGAGUUAGUCGGCCAGAUCAAUUUCGAGAUCGCAAUCAUGGCCGCAGACUUCCUGGCUUUCAUAUGCACAUUCGUGCUGGGAUCCAUGGACGCCAUACGAGCCGAACUUAAUCUGCGUUACCUCGAGCAGUUCAUCCUCAGUACUUUGAUGGAAAGCCGGACCCCAAUCAACAAGUGCCGAGAUAUCUUCUCCCGAUACGUCCACAUAUGCCAAGAUUCCUCGAGGUACAGAUGCUCGCUGGAGCAUAGAUGUCAAGCGACAUACUCCCGUUAUGUCACCGAGAAAUUCGCGUCACUCGUCCCCGCGCCACUGAAAGUAACCAAGAAAGGAAAGGACAGCCCAGAAAAGGCUGCAUCGCCUUCAGUUAAACCCGGAACUGGGACCGGGCCACCGCGACAUAUCCACGUUCGAGUAACGGUCAAUGCUUAUUGGGACGUUGCAAAAAGUCUCACGCCGCACUUGAAAUGCAUCGAGGGUAACAAGAAGAAAAAGAAGAAGUGUUUUUGCAGUCGACCCGACCAGGAAUUUGCCGAGCAAAUCCAAGUUCUCAAGCACUCUCUCGACAUCAACCUUGCUGAACUCGAGACCAUGAUCAAGAAAGGCUUGAAACCUCCGAAGGACCUGUGGGACGUGCUGGAGAAAAAUGCUUUGGCCCUACAUGAACGCCCUGUAACCUAUGAAGGAAACCAAAGAAGAAUAGCAGAACUGAGGGCGAAAGUAGGGACCGGUCGAUUUGCGGAGAUUCCUCCUCCCAAGGAACCAGCAGCCAAGGAACCAAAUGACACGCAACGACAGCUUAGUCUCAAACAAGUUCCCGUCAAUGUUCCCAGCAUCCAGAACAACCCCUCGAACAACAACCCCGAGAAAGGAAACCUCGAGAAGGGUGCGACAGAGAGUUCUUCGGGACAUCAAAAUGAUCUAUCGAACUCGAGCGAACCCACAGCAUCGUCGGCCGAGACUAAAUCCGCUUCCACAGCCGAUCAAGACGACGAAUCCGACUGGGUAAUGACGGAACGAGAACUUGAGAUCAGAGACCAGUUGCUCACUUUCUCCGACAGCGUAGAUAUGAUGCACUCAUUUGCUUCAGUCAUGCAUCAUGGCGUGAGUGAUCUCGCUCUUGAUGGCGUGGCGUGGCAAAUUGAAGACAUGCUCAUCGGCCAUGUUGAAAUGGCUUGGAUUAUUGCAAAGGCUCAGGGCUACACUGGACUGCAAACUUGGAUGGAGUACUAUUACGCACAAACCAUGCCCACCCCCUUAGGGGAGAACUUCAAAGUCAAUGGCAGCGGCGAUUAUGGCAACGAUGGAAGCCUAGUUGAUGCGAGCGCAAGAAAGAAGACUAUAGCCUUCGACAUUAUCAGCAAGAUGGGCGGCGCGAAAGGCAAGCCGCAAUCUCACAUCAUUGGCUCUACGCAGACAGCGGCAGCGAACUCAGCCGCCGUCAGUGCAACCCCAGCUCCUUCUGUCGUGCAACAAGCCGAACAAGCAGUCGCUGACAUGGAGCGCCUCGGUCGAAAUUUCCUCUCGCAGAUGGAGAUCGUCUCGAAUCGCCGCAAGCGCAUGCCGAAGCGCAAGUGGUAG